CCCGCAGGAUCUACUACCGGUUACUAGACUGUUGCGGAUGUGUGAUGCAACGAACUGUAAGGACAUUUUCCUCAACUUCUCCACAAGUUUUACAUCUCGGUUCAGAAAAUCACACCCUUGAACGACAGUGUGAGCUCACGCCGUGGUGUUUGUUGCUAGUUGUUUUGUAUUUGGUGUCUUUUAUCGGGUCGCUAACGUUAGCCGCUCCGCAACGACACCUUACCUAGAUGGAAGCUAACGUUCGCUAGCAGCCGAUUUUAGUCGAUUUCACUCGUUAUUUGUGUCAAACUCAGCCUCUCGUCUUCUCUUCUAACUAUUACCUACUGACUCCAUCCACUGGGCUUCCCUUAUGUACUUACUGUGAAGCGGCUGGGUGCCAGCGGAGUCACCCUACCUGUACCUUUCUUCCUUAGUGGAUCUAUCUUUAAGCUGAAUGGCCACCGCUGCCCCCCCUCCGGCCUCUGGCUCCACUGCGGCCACUGACAGUGCAAGUCCCGGAUCCAGCAGCUCUCCUGCGGCCGACGGGGGCAACCAGGACAGCACUUUCGAGUGUAAUAUAUGUCUGGACACCGCCAAGGAUGCAGUGAUCAGCCUGUGUGGACACCUCUUCUGUUGGCCUUGUUUGCAUCAGUGGUUGGAGACCAGACCCAACAGACAAGUGUGUCCAGUGUGUAAAGCCGGCAUUAGCCGAGACAAAGUUAUCCCCUUAUAUGGGCGGGGAAGCACAGGUCAACAAGACCCCAGAGAAAAAACACCCCCACGACCACAAGGGCAAAGGCCGGAGCCAGAAAACCGUGGUGGCUUUCAAGGGUUUGGCUUUGGAGAUGGAGGUUUUCAGAUGUCAUUUGGAAUCGGUGCCUUUCCAUUUGGUAUUUUUGCAACAGCUUUUAACAUCAAUGAUGGAAGACCACCUCCAGCGGCCCCUGGGACACCACAGCACACAGACGAACAGUUUCUGUCUCGACUCUUCCUGUUUGUCGCUCUGGUGAUUAUGUUUUGGCUGCUGAUUGCAUAAACGCGUGGAAAGACAUCAUCUUGGGGUAACCCAAAUGGUUUGACAGACAUCAUCACGGUUUGCACCAAUGUGAUUCUGCCUUCUUACAUUUUCUAGCUCCUUGAUUAUUUUUUUUCUCCUUUAUACAAACAUGUGAGAUUUGAAUAAAGCAGUUUUUUUUCCAAAAUAGAAGAUACCUAGCUAAAAACUUUCAAGGUGUACCACGUAACCUUGGUUACUUAAUGUUUUAACUCAAUAACACAGCUGCUAAAUGCUAAAUCAUCUUUAUAUUUUCUGCACCCAAACAUCAGCCAACGGCUUCAAACAUUGUGCUGCUUAUACGACCUCCCCCCCUUGUAUAUCUACAUGCAUCUUUCUCUCUCUGUUGCUGGUCCUUUUUUUUUAGACACAAAAGAGGUUAUUCAGGUGAGAGCAAGUGAUCACUCUCGGUGCUCUUUCACUUUUUGCAUUUUUGACUGAAUCAGGGCUUUUUGGGAUUGUUUUGCUUCUAUUAUUGUAUUUAAAGAAAUAUUCUGCCUAACAAAAUAAGACCACCAGUGCUCAUUAAUUUGGAUUUUCAUUCACACUUCCAAUCCAACCCAUAUGUUUCAGCCUACAUUUGGUUCCCUGUUACCCUACCUAGGUGACUUUUCUUAAGGUUAUUUUUGGGUUUUGAUAGCCUUUUAUUAGACAGGAGCAGCUGAAGAGAGACAGCAAAGUGGGGAGAG